AUGACAACACAGCAAUCCCCUUUCCAUUGUCACUUUCCCGGGUGUGGCCUAAGCUAUCGACGGAAGGAACAUCUGACCCGACAUGCUAAAACCCACACUCAAACAGAUCGUUUCGAAUGCUCCUUCUGUGAGCGUGUUUUUGCCAGGAAUGACACGCUACGACAGCAUGUCCGCACUCAUCAUAAAAACAGAGAGCUACAAUACUCCAGGGCAAUUCGAGCUUGCACCUAUUGUCGCUCACGACGGUCAAAAUGCGACGGACAGUUUCCCUGCGGCGCGUGCUUCCAGCGAGAAAUUCAAUGUUCAUAUACCCAAAACUCACGGGGCCGGGCAUUGGAACAGAAUAGGCCUCCAAAUCGCCGCCCAAGCCCCAUACCUUCCCUAGAAUCGGACGAUGAAUUUUAUUCUCCUCCGACAGAAUCAGUGGGCCCUAUCCAGCGUUCCGAAACUAUUGAAAAUAGCCCAUGUAGAGUUGCGCCAUAUGUUCAGGCUUAUUUCAACAAAUUUCACCCAAAAUGGCCAUUCCUACACCCGGCGACAUUCAAUCUCGACAAUGAGCUGCCUUUUCUUGCUCAGUCAGUGGUGAUGAUGGGCUCGUGGGCGAUGAUGGAAACCAAUACGCAAAAUACCGCAAAAGACCUACAUAAAAGACUGACAUCGUCGAUAUACGAGCAAAGAGUCAGUUCAUUUCUUUCCGCUAUCUCUCCACAUUAUUGA